AUGGAGAAAUAUUUGUUAGUUUUGUUUUUGUGUGUGAAUUUGUGUUUUAUUGGAGUUAAUGCUAGAUUUUUUAAGGUCCCAUGGAGUAGACGACAUAAAGGAAUAUCGGCCCUGGGUGAUCCAGGGAUGAAAAGAGAUGGAUUGAGAAUAGCUUUUGAAGCUUGGAAUAAUUGUAAUGGAGUUGCUCAUGAAGCUCCUGACACGGGAAGUCCCAGAGCUGCUGACUGUUUUGACGUUUCAAGAAAUUUAACUUUGUUACACAAAGUAUCUGAGUCAGAUAACAAGCUUGGCAUAGGUAAAAAAUUCAACGGAUUGUCUGCAGAAGCAUUGUAUGACCCAAAUCUUUAUGCAAUUGAGAAAGAACUAUAUUUAGGUUCUUUAUGUGAGGUUUCAAAGAGUUCAAAACCAUGGCAAUUUUUGAAGACUUCAAAGCCAUGGCAAUUUUGGAUGGUUAUGUUGAAAAGUGGCAACUUUGACACAAAAGCUGGUUUGUGCCCUGAAAAUGGGAAACCUAAACCAGCUCCAAUUAAUACUACAAUGAACUUCCCUUGUUUUGGAGAAGGAUGCAUGAAUCAGCCUACUUUGAACCAUCAACCUACACAACUUUUGGCUGAUGGUACAAUGAAGGGAUGGUUCAAUGGAACUUAUGAUUUGGAUGCUGAUAUUGGGAAUGGACUUGCAAACAUAUCCUUUUAUGAAGUGGCUUGGGAGAAAAAGCUUGGUUUUGGACGUUGGGUGUUUAAGCAUAAGCUCAAGACUUCAAUUAAAUAUCCAUGGUUGAUGCUUUACCUUAGAGCUGAUGCAACCAAAGGAUUCUCUGGUGGGUACCCUUAUGAAACAAGAGGAAUGCUCCACACUCUUCCAAGGACUAAUUUUAAAGUCAAGUUCUCAUUGGAAAUCAAAAAAGGAGGAGGACCCCAGAGCCAAUUUUACCUGCUUGACAUAGGCAGUUGUUGGAAGAACAAUGGUAAGCCUUGUGAUGGAGAUGUGUUGACAGAUGUUACAAGAUACAGUGAGAUGAUCAUCAACCCUGAUGUACCAGCUUGGUGUAGCCCCACACAAUUGGUGAACUGCCCACCAUACCAUAUUACUCCUAACAACACAAAGAUUUUAAGGAAUGACACGGCCAAGUUCCCAUAUGGAGCUUACCACUACUAUUGUGCUCCUGGCAAUGCUAAAUACUUGGAGGAACCUGUUAGUCUCUGUGAUCCAUACAGCAACCCUCAACCUCAAGAAUUAGUACAAUUGUUGCCUCACCCUGCAUGGGGUGAAUAUGGCUACCCAACUGAAAAGGGUGAAGGUUGGAUUGGGGAUCCAAGAACAUGGGUGCUUGACAGUGGCAGCCUAGCUAGUAGACUUUACUUCUAUCAGGAUCCAGAUACCCUUCCCGCCAAAAGAAAAUGGACGUCUAUCGAUGUUGGAACCGAAAUUUUUGUUAGUGAUAAAGAGGAAGAAGCAGAAUGGUCCCUUAGCGAUUUUGAUGUUAUCCUCCUAUAA